GAGUUUAGUGGACACAGGGCUCUCGUUGUUGCUUCACCAGACUACCACAGUCAGGCUGGUUUAGGGGGAGGAGGAGAAGGAGGAAUAGGAAGCUGGGCUGGAACUUAAGAGAGAGAGGGAGGAAGGUGACUAAAAGUGACUGUCACUCAGCCUACUGUAACUCGCCCGGUGGAGGGAGGAGUGGCAUCACAACCAGUGAACCGGCAUAUGAAUGCACUCGUUUGUCGAGCUCCGCCAGCGAAACCACCGUCUGUGCCUGACUGUCAGUGAGUGUUUGCUGUAACACGUGGACAGAUAGAUUUUUCUUUUGGAUGCAAUAUGUUGUCUUUGGGAUAGUUGGGAGAGUUUCUGAUUGCCUUCUACUUUCUCCAGCAUCCAGACAUGUAGACAGGAGCCUACGCAGCAGCGUCUAAUUCACCUUCUGAACUCUUUUUCCUCUCAAACAGCUUCACAUACCUCUCGGGCUGGACUGCGCUGCAUUGACUUCGGCUCGCCCUCCCCUGCCCCCUCGCCCUACAGCAAUGGCCUCACGCAUCGGGCUGCGGAUGCAGCUGAUGCGAGACCAGUUGCAGCAAGAGGAGCAGCGUGAGAGGCAGCAGCAGCUUCAGCAGCAGCAGCAGCAGCAGCACAAUGUAGCCCUGCAGUACAUGCAGCAGCGCAUGGGGGGGCUGCCUGCACCUACCCCAGCUAUCAGCACCCCACAGCAUUACCAAAGCAUGCAGGUCCCCGUCGAGGUUCUCAAGGUAGAGACCCACCUGGAGAAUCCUACAGACUACCACAUCCGUCAGUCUCGGAAGCAACAAGUGAAAGAAUUCCUGUCCACCACCUUUGCCACCAAGCAGACGAUCCACGCAGUAGCAGGGCUGGUGCCGCCCUCUCCUCCGCCAAACAUGGUACCCCAAGGCGGUUCAGCCUCUGCACCCCCGCCCCUCCACUCUCCACACAUGCGCACCGAGCAGCUUAUGACGGGAAACAGCGCCCCCAACAGCCCCAUGGCCAUGCUCAACAUCGGCACCAGCCAAGAGAAAGAGAUGGAUGAGGUCAUUGACGACAUCAUCAGCAUGCAGUCCAAUUAUGAUGAUAUUCAAGCAUACAUAGACCCUAUCCAGAUGCCAAACACACUCCCCCUGUCCAGCAGCCACCUGGAUGUGUACACAGGUCCUGGAAUGAAGGGACCAACUGUAGCAAUGACCAGCAACUCCUGUCCUGCCAACCUGACCAUUAAACGAGAACUGUCAGAAGCCCGUGCUAUGGCCAAGGAGAGACAGAAGAAAGACAACCACAAUCUGAUUGAAAGGAGGAGGCGAUUCAACAUCAAUGAUCGUAUCAAAGAGCUGGGCACCAUGAUCCCCAAAACCAACGACCUUGUGCAUAGUGACGUGCGCUGGAACAAAGGCACUAUUCUGCGGGCGUCUGUCGAGUAUAUCAAACGCAUGCAGAAGGACGUGCAGAGGACCAGAGAGGUGGAGAACAACUUCAAAAGGAUGGAAAUGGCUAACAAACAGCUAAUGCUACGCAUUCAGGAGUUGGAGAUGCAGGCUCGUUUGCAUGGCCUCCCCAGCAACUCCCCCUCUGGCCUGAACCCCAAUGACCUGAUGGCUUCUUACGUAAAACAAGAGACCAGCCCAGAGGACAACCUCUCUCACCCCCAAAUCCACCAUCAGGCCCAGCACUUAGCCCAGAACCAAGCUCAGCCCCAGGCCCAGCAGCAUCACCACUUCCUCCCACAGAACCACCUCCACCACCAGAACCAGGCUCAGCAUCAGCACCGGCAGCUGCCACCGCUCCCCCAACACCUGCAGCCUCAGUUACCCAUCCAGUACCCGUCUGUGGGCAGCUCCCAACCAUUUGACUUUGCCCAGUCGCUGGACUUGUGUGACGGAAUCCCCGGCUUCUCAGAUGGCAUGUCGGGGCUCGGCGACCUGGGUGGGCUGGAUGUCCAGGGGAAGAGAGGUGAGCUGGGCUUCCUGAUGAUGGACGAGCCCCUGUCCCCCAUGGGAGGAGACCCGCUGCUCUCUGCAAUGUCUCCCGAGGAAUCUGUCGACUCCAGCCGCAGAUCAAGCUUCAGCAUAGAGGAUGGAGACAUACUGUAGACACACACAGAAUCACUCACAUGAGCACAUGCAGCGGUUUCACAGAGGUCGCAGAAAAAAAAUUAUUAAAGCACAACACACACAGCACAAACCACAGUAAAGGAAUGACAUCAUCCACCCAGCACACACAUUCAGAAACACUCAUUUUUGGUACAUCAAUCCCAAGCAACAACACCCACACAGUUGAAAAUUGUAUAGUAAAAAUGUUUGCACAUGCACACACUUAUACACCAGUGCAUGUGAGACAAACCUGGCACGUUGCCCAACAGACUGAGCAUUUACAAGGGCUGAACUCAUACUGCCAGGUCAGGAGUUAUAGAGCACACUUGGCCUCGUUUCCAUAAAGGUGCCUCUGAAUCAUAAUUGAAUAAGGGACAAAACCAGCAGUUAAUUAGAUUGAAGUUAUCAGAUACAAGGACAAACCGAGUACAUUGUCUCACUCGAUAGAGGACAAGUUAUUUUCUCCUUACAUCAGCCUCUUUUAGCAACCAUAAAUGAUUGAACCAAAGAUAGUGAAUAAAAUGGAAAAAGCUUCAUGAUCCUGCAUGCAUAAUUCAUCUUAAGGGGAUGCAGUCCAGCCUCGUUGUUCCGUUGCUCAUUCUGUUAUUCCACAGUUUGCUUUUGCCUCCAGCGCUAACUGUUUGACAAAGAUCAAUGUUAGCCUGCUAAGCUGAAAGGUUUUCUUAAAAGUGUCCACAUUUAAGAAACAUUUUAAAACUCCACGGAUGAAAAGAUAAUCCAGCUUUCAAACGGUGUUCUUUACAAACACACAUACUGCUGUCCCUGAAUCUUACGUCUAUAACACUGGAAAUUGUCAAGACCUGUACCCGAAGAAUACGAAUACACAAGAAGUGUGUUAAAUCAUGUGAGAGAGUAGAGUAAACCAUGCUAUAGUUGUCCAAAUACUCAGGUACUGUAAUAUAAUACACAAGCAGGGUCAUAUGCAGGUCUUAUGCAAUAGCAGAUGUUAACCUGAGUUAUCAGACUCAGAACCUCUAUCAAUGUGCCUUUCUAUUUCUGCAGCUGCUGCUCUUCAAAGGCAUGUUUUCAUAGGUCAGCAGUCGUGACCGGGUAUUAGACGUAAAUAUCACUUUCAAUUACGCCUGUAAAUGCUUUAGAGUUUACCUCGAUACCUUGAAUCUCCUGUGAGGAGUUUAUAGCUGGUUGGUAAACAGACAGAAACUCAAUUCAAGUGACCUGCUAAAGCAAACAAGACCAUCAGUUACAAGACUGAUCAUUUAUAUAAAGGUAUUUUUAUUUGCUUGUAACCAUUGCCACAGUGUAGGUGUCAGACAAAGUGAGUUACGGCACACUGCAGAAACAGCCUUUUUUUAUAUUUUACAUGGCGGACAUUCACGGGGAGUGAAACAAUUGACUGUUCAAAAGAAAGCAGGGUGAGAUUUUUCAGCAGAAAAGAUCACCAACACAUGUACAGGAUAUGAUUUGUCCACAGGGGGUGCCAAAAUCUGACGCAAUCCAAAAGGAGUUUUAAAUCGUUUUAUUUAUUGACGUUUUAGGCCCUGCCUCAAGUAAGUGGAAUUUAAAGUGACAGGGUUUAAUCAUUCAGUCCACAGAAGGCGUCAGGUGGUCUUCACUGUUAGAGCACAGCAUUUGCACACACUUAGCUCAUGCUCUCACUCGGUUCACAAACAGGCCUCGUUAAACGCUCAAGUCGUCCACAAAUAGGCUUUAUGGCACUCCGAUACCUGCAGUUCAAAACAAACAGUGCUGCCUUGAAUCUAUUUUCAAAUCAGCCCGUCUCUUUCUCCUCUGAUGUAUCGAGUGCCAGCUGCAGAGGCUGAUCUCAGGUCUGCUGUUCACCUUCAGCAAAGGGAACAUGUCGUCCCAUUGGUUGCAGUCUUCACAGUGAUGUCUUGGGCAGGGCAGGCUGAAGUUGUCCACAGUUGCUAUGGUAACUUAAGGUUCAGCUUUGAAUUGAUAUAUCUCCUAAUCAGUAAAAAGAUAAAGGUAGAAAAAAAAAAUUUAUGGUGAUUUUUUUUUUUGAUUAAAAUAAGUGUUUUUUUUUUCCUAUAGUUUGUUUUAUUUUAUCUCCAAAAGCACUGGAAACCAUAUUAUUGUUUUAACUUUGUACAUGGAAGAGUUUGUGGAAUAAGAUUUAUUUCAAAUGUUUUAUGCCACUAAGCCACUUAAAUGUGUUUUAUCUGUAUUUGUUGUAGUUCUAAUUUUUAUUCCAGAUGAACCUUUUUUUUUCUCAGAGACAUCUUCAAUAAGCACACUAUAAUGCAUUAAAGCCACUGAUGUUUUAUUAUGGAAGGAUCAGGGAGACAUGAACUUUCAAAUUUCACCUCAAUGCAGAGAUGAAGAGAUCAUGUACAUUUUUGAUGCCAUUUUUAUAUUAUUGGGAUUUUUAUUUUUCUCUGUGAUUUUAAUUUGGAGCCAGACAUAGAUGAAAGUUGACCAUUAAAUUUGACUGAAUCCAAAUUUCCCAUUACAUAUGAAUGUAACCUUUACCAGAGGUUUUUGUCCGACUGAAGCAGAACCAUACAGCUUUCCCACUCUUGACUUUGGUGUCCAUGGAGACUGGAUGACGACUGUCUUCAUAUUAAAUCUGAGCCAGGGAGUUGUGAUUGUUAUGGCCUUGUAGCACUGACUCUGCUUUUGUUUCUGUCCGUCUGUCUGUCUGUCUGCCAGUGUUGUACCCUUUUUCCAAAUCAGCCCCAGAUUGACUGUUGUUGUACUGUCACCCAGCCGACACUCCAAAGAGCUACUCAGGCCUCCUUUUCUCUUUCACUAGAGGGCGCUCUGCAGAUCAAAAUACACAGGGAAAAGUAGUUCUGAUUUUACUGAGAUUAUAAAAUGUUUUACCAAAAUCCA